AAAGAGUCGCCUAUUUCAUAAUUUUAAUUAACAGAAAAUAUGUAGCGAUGUACCUACAGUUUUCUCUGAGGGAGGGGGAAAAUAUCGUCGGCGACUGAAGGCGAUGGCGGCGGCGGAAGCGGAGGAGGAGGUGCGGCUGGAGCUGGAGGCGGUGGCGGCGGUGUACGGCGACGACUGCCGCGUGCUCCGCGACCUCCCGCCCCACCUCGUCGUCCACGUACGGCCCCGCACUGCCGGCGACUCCUCGCAGCAGUUCGUGGAGCUCUUUCUUGGAAUUAAAACAUCUUCACAGUAUCCAAAAGAACCACCUCAUAUUUAUGCCGUGGAAAGUAAGGGCCUCGAUGACAAUCGACAGGCCUAUCUUAUUUGCAGCAUCCAGAACAAGGCAAAAGAGCUUUCCAACUACCCAAUGCUUGUGACAUUGUGCGAGGAAGCUGGAGAGAUCCUCUCGAAUAUGAAUCAUCCAGCUGGGGAUUGUCCACUGUGUCUAUAUCCAUUAGUGGGGGAGGAUAGGGAAGACUCUGCUUUGCCAUUUAUGAAGUUGAUGUCAUGCUACCACUGCUUUCACAGUGACUGCAUUAUGAGAUGGUGGGAAUGGCUCCAACAUGAUGUUGUCAAUUCCAAGGAGUGUAGUACAGCAGUAAAUACUGGAGAUAUUGAUGCUUCUGAAGAAUUGGGUUUGUCCAGCUCUGAUACGCAUUAUAAUGUAAAUCAGCACAAAGGAUUUUGUCCAGUUUGCCGGAAAGUGUUUGAUGAGAAGGAUAUUGAGCAUGUUUGUGAUCUGUUGGGUGCAGAUACUCCUAGGCUGGCAUCAUUGACAGUUGACCUGGGUGAAGAUGAAAAAGAAUUGCUCCAUUCUGAGUCAGAGAAGAACAGAAGAAAAAGGAUUGACUCACUGCUUAAUCUGCAACAAGAACGAAAUGGCCUUAUUGAACCAAAGAAAGACCUCGCCAUACAGCCAGGAAUGUAUGUUUCUCUUCCUCCCAGCGUGCCACCUACAGCUGCAGGAGACAAUGAUCCCUGCGAGGAGACCACCACUUCGACCCCAGAAUUGGAGCCAUGCAGCCUGACAAACACCAGAGGCAAUAAGCACAGGAAUUCAGGCCAUCGAAGGAGAAACCGACCUAACGCUCCAAGAAGACAGCCUCAUGGACAGCCCGCUAGGCAACAAUGGCAGAGGAAAGAAGCAGACACUACACACCAAUAACAUUGAAACAAUGAGGAGCUUGAAUGUGAACUGUUGUUUUUAUCGGUUAUGUAUAUUGAUGGUGACGUGCGUUCCUUUCAUAUUUAUCCGACCAAAGCUCAUGACACAGCAGCAUUAUUUUAAUGCUGUUGUCAUGGCCGAGAGAGUAAGAGGGACUUUGCAUAUUAUAUUGGUACUCUAGUUUAUUUUCUAGAGAGAACAGUGCACUGGAGUUCAUGUCACUGUAACGUUGAGGCUAGCUUCUGCUGCGUAAAACGAAUAUAAAAUGCCUCGUAACACGAAUACAAGUCCUGCACGCUGUAAUCAUAUUUAUACUGGAUAAGUUUUAUUUCAUUA